AUUUAUCAUCAGUGGGGCUUUUAUUGUGAAGGCUGUAACCGGAAGCUCGCGUGUGGCUGCGGUGACGCAGACAGUGUGAUGAAGCGCAGAGCGGCGGGCUGAAAGCUGUUCACAGGAUCCACAGUUUGUCUUAAAAUGAGCUCCAUCGGGACCGGGUACGACCUGUCGGCCUCCACCUUCUCUCCAGACGGCCGAGUGUUUCAGGUGGAAUACGCCAUGAAGGCCGUCGAGAACAGCAGCACAGCCAUUGCGAUCCGCUGUAAGGACGGCGUUGUGUUCGGGGUGGAGAAGCUCGUUCUGUCCAAACUGUACGAGGAGGGCUCCAACAAACGCAUCUUCAACAUCGACAGACACGUCGGCAUGGCUGUAGCCGGCCUGUUGGCUGAUGCUCGCUCGCUCGCUGACGUCGCCAGAGAAGAAGCUUCCAGCUUCAGAUCAAACUACGGACACGACAUCCCACUGAAGCACCUGUCGGACAGAGUGGCCAUGUACGUCCACGCCUACACGCUGUACAGCGCUGUGCGGCCGUUUGGCUGCAGUUUCAUCUUGGGCUCGUACGACAAAGACGACGGUCCUCAGCUCUACAUGGUCGACCCGUCCGGCAUCUCAUACGGUUACUGGGGCUGUGCCAUCGGAAAAGCAAAGCAAGCCGCCAAGACGGAGAUCGAGAAACUGCAGAUGAAGGAGAUGACGUGCAGGGAGCUGGUCAAAGAGGUCGCCAAAAUAAUCUACAUCGUGCACGACGAGGUGAAGGACAAAGCCUUCGAGCUGGAGCUCAGCUGGGUCGGAGAAGUCACAAACGGACGACACGAGCUGGUGCCCAAAGACGUCCGAGAGGAAGCUGAGAAAUACGCCAAGGAUUCUCUGGAGGAGGAGGAUGACUCUGACGAAGACAACAUGUGAACUCUGCGGGCGGCUCACACACACAUCAGAUUCUUUUUUAUGUUUUAUAGUUGAUGAACAUUCAUGUCUGUUGUUUUUGCUUUUUGGUUUGAUGAAUUUCAGCUUUGAAAAUAAAAACAGUUGAAGAGGAA